CUUGCAUUCAUAUAUGCAUGUCUUUUAAUGUAAGUAUAGUGUGUUCUUGAUCACAUUCACGUUGAUUAAUAAACAAGUUGUUUAUGCUUCUAAAUAAACGUUAAAAUACAGAAACUCCAGCGUGCGUAGAUAAAAAGCUUAUUAAAUUAUUCACAAUAUUUCACUUAUUCGUUCCGAAAAAUGCGGGAAAAUGAAACAGUCGGAUGUGGGGGAUGGUAGUUGUCGAUGGGUGUGAUUAACAUUUAAAGCUUCUGAUUGGCUCGCCUACAAGUCAAGGAACGUUUAAGGUGGCCAAUGAAAUCGUUCUAUGGGUGGGGCCACAAAGACUCACAAUCACAGAAGGCCGUUUUUCCAUUUUGAAAUUAGCAUAGGGCAGUGUAUAAUAACCCGCCUCUAACACUGUUGUUUUUUUUUGUGUAUCUUUAAGCGAAGCGUCAUGCCUGAACCAGCGAAGUCCGCCCCCAAAAAGGGAUCGAAGAAGGCUGUCACUAAAACUGCUGGCAAGGGAGGAAAGAAGCGCAAGAGAUCCAGGAAGGAGAGCUACGCUAUCUACGUGUACAAAGUCCUGAAGCAGGUUCAUCCCGACACCGGAAUCUCUUCCAAGGCGAUGGGAAUCAUGAACUCUUUCGUCAACGACAUCUUCGAGCGCAUCGCCGGUGAAGCGUCUCGUCUCGCUCACUACAACAAGCGCUCCACCAUCACAUCGAGAGAGAUCCAGACCGCCGUGCGUCUGCUGCUGCCCGGUGAACUGGCCAAACACGCCGUGUCUGAGGGCACAAAGGCUGUGACCAAAUACACCAGCUCAAAAUAAAGCGAUGUCUGAUCUGAUCAGCGAACCCAAAGGCUCUUUUAAGAGCCACCCAUGUUGUUUUUCAAAAGAGCCUUGAUCUUACACUGUUGUCAAAUCAAAUAAAAGUGAAGGAACUGAUAUCAGUUCCUCAGUGUUUAUUGCUGUUAAUCAUCAGUCUGGUUUAGCAAAUGAAUUACAAUAUAUGGUUGCACUUUAUUUUACAGUACGAUUUUAUAGUGUACUUCCCUAAGAAAAUACUGGGUAAUAUAAAGUAACUAUGUAGGUGGUUCAUUAUAAAAUGUAAUAUUGUUAAUGAACUUAUUUUUUGUGGUCUCAUAUUUGUGUUUUGAGUUUACAAUAUGACACAAUGUACAUAAUACUAGUGGGAACCAUUCAUGCAGAAUAUUGUUUUAUGUGGGGCACAUAUUGGUGACUCACGUGAUGCCUCGUGAGAUAUGCGAACAGCGCCAUCUUUAGAAGCACAUUUGCCACUGACGGGGUCGGUUGUGCUUUCUUUCGCUCUUCAAACGAGAGUGCUGUGUGGGCAGACUGAAGGGGAAGACAUGUGUAUCCCAAAAAAAUCAUUGUGCUUUGUGUUUCUACAGGCCUGUUUCUUCAGAAUAAACAUUCUGGGACGUUUUCCAUCAUUGUCUUCAUUGAGAAUAACAAAACACAACCAGAGUAAAACUGCUACAACUAGUUAGGGGUUGAUUCAGGGGGACCUAGUCAUUACCCAAUUA